GUCAUAGCCACCAUUUCAUUCACCACUGGCCACUGCCACCCAAACCUCUUCCGUUGCCUUCCCUCUACAGCCACCUCAGGUUCUUCUUUGUGGUCCUUCCUAUCUACUCUAAAACUAUUCUCUUCUUCAUAACUUGUUCUUCUUCUCUUCUAUUAGUUCUCACUGUUCUGGAACUCACAACAACUCAAACUCAUAGAGAAACAUCAUCCCUGUGAAUUACAAGUUUCAGCUCUCCCUUCUCUCCUUCAAUCAAAGCUCAGAAAUCUCACUGCAUUCUUAUUUCCCUUCCUCGAACAAAGGGUUGGUGAGAGAUGGGAUACCCCAUUUCUCUUUUUUAACCAAAAUAUAAAGUUACCUCUAUCUGUCUAUCCCCGAUUGAGACCGUUCCGUUUUGGACUUAGUCCACGUUGCACAUCAAUCCAGAAUCGCCCAUAUUCAGAUAGCAAGUCUUCACCUUUCCUCGUCUUUUCACAUGCCCAACACUUCAAAUUAUGGAAAUUUUAUUGUGUUUCAAGAUUGGGAGAAUCCACUGAAAUUUAAUCCCAUCCCAUUAAAUUAUUUCCUUUUACAUCCAUAUUAGCUGUAGAUAUUCUCAUAAUUUUUUUUACAUCAAAAUUAGAUAUACUUGUUUGUUCUUUUUGUUUAAUUGUGGAUAGGUGGGAACUCAUGCACAAACAAGGUAAGGAUCGCCGUGGUUUUGAUCAUUGUAGAUUCUCAGAUACAUUUUUCAGACACUUAGAACCCAUAUUCAACCCCUCAAAUCUGAAACCCCAGCACACUUUACUCGUACUUUCCCUUAACACCUGCAUGCUUCUCCAAAUCACUAGCUACCUUCUUAGUAUAUAAAUACAAAAGAACACCCCCCCAAAAUACACACAUACUCAAAAGUCAAAAAGGCUUGCAGAUAGAGAAAAAGGAAAAGACAUGGAGCAAGAAGGAGGUGCCAGAGGAAGUGGAGAAGGAGGUGACGUGAGUAAGCAACCACAGGAUCGAAGAGCAAAAGAUAUGCAACAAGGAGAUGGACAAGGACAGGUUCAGGCUCAGCCUCCUCCUCAGCAACCCCAAAAGUGUCCUCGUUGUGAAUCUCUCAACACCAAAUUUUGCUAUUACAACAACUAUAGCUUGUCACAGCCUCGUUACUUCUGCAAAACAUGCAGAAGGUACUGGACCCAAGGUGGAACCUUGAGGAACGUUCCUGUUGGUGGUGGUUGCCGCAAGGGGAAGCGCGCCAAAAAUUCUUCAUCUUCUGCGGAGAAUUCCUCCCGGUCUCAGCCACAACCACUACCACAAGAGGUGGCUCAAACCCAACCAUCAUUAACAACUGUGGUGAGGGCUAAAGACCCUUCUUCAGUUGUGGCUUCACCCUUCUAUCAAGGUGGUGGUGGAGGGUACUUGUCUUCUCUGGCUGCUAUUCAUUCACUCAACCCAUCACACCCUUUUGAUCAGUCUUUGAAUGUUGGGGGUGACGCCGUGCGUUCUUCUAAUUUGGGUCUUCUAUCUGGUUUUAAUGUUGCUGCUCUUGGCCCACACCGCCCAAUUCGUCCACCACACUUGUAUCAAAUGGGUGGCAAUGAAAGGGAGGUGGUGAAUCUGUAUGCGGGAGAACCAGGUUUGAUUAAUCCAUCUAGCAUGGCUCAUAGUGGUGCUGUUUCUCAGCAUGAUUGGACUCACAACUUCAUCAAUAAUAAUGCUAGUGAUAGGGUCGUUUCUGAUGCUUCUUUGUGGAGUACCAUCAGCACCACUUCUAUUGGUGGCAACUCUGAAAGUACUAGUGCUAGUGCUGGUUCUUCUUCUUUGGUUCCAAAUCAAUGGCCUAAUCUUCCAGGGUAUGGCCCUCCGCCGUGAUUUCAUUGUGCUGGUGCACCCUCCGGUGGACGGCUUAGUUCUAAGCAAAUUGAUUUGUCUUUUUUAUAUAUAUUUGAUAUUUGAUGUCCUUUUAGAGGUAUAUGAUCAGUAGAAUAGGUUUAUAGCUGGGUGUAUUGAUCUUGGUUGAUUGUGCAAAGAUUGGACCCUAGAGAAUUUUGUGUUAUUGGUAGGGGAUUAGCAACCUUAGCAUUUUGUUUCUUGUGUCAAUAGACAAAUUGCAUAGAGAUUUCUGGGUUGGGUCAGGUUGUUUCCAAAUUUUACAAAUAAUUUAUUAUUAUUAUUAUUAUUGUACAGUUAUCAGUUUUUUUUUUUUUUUAAGAUUUUGUGUUUUAGAUCCUCUGCCUUUUUUGUUACUAUCUUGCUCAAAGCAAAGUAUGAUUUGUUAGUUUAAAACAAAGUCUAUAAAGGAAUCGAUUAACGAGAACUAAGACAAGGUGUGCUAAAUGCAUGCACAAAGUAAGUGGUGUAUUUGUUGAAAAAGUUGAUGGAAUGGUUCCAUAUUGGGCAUGUGGGUGACUGAAGAUAUCCAAAUUCUCUUUCGCAUUAGCGUCUCAUUUGUUUUAUUUGGGAUGGUGUUUUGUGCGCUAUACUGUUGAGCUUUAGCUUCCUGGCUUGUUACUACCAUGGAUGAGUCAUCUUAAUCCUUGCUCCGCAUCUGAGCUAAUAAUAAUGCAUGCAAACUGUUACUUGUCCUUGUAUUCCGACGUUGUCAAUUACAAAUCAAAAAGCACAUGUGACCUGCAUGAGUUUUCCCUUAUUAUCUGAUCAUUAACUAACCCAUUGUCCACAUAGAUCUUUCUCUUUUUAUUUUUGCUCCUUUUCUUUUGGCAGGAUUAUAUGCACUUAGAAUAUAGUUUAGAGCAAGCUUUCCCAAAUCAUAGAAACUAAAUUAUAUGUUAGAUGUCACAUUAAAUUGGACUCAAUAGAAAUUUAUUGUAGAGAGGAGGUGAAAUUUUAACUUCAGGAAUACCCGCAACUCGAAUCAAUAUAGAAAAUUGUUAAUUAUAUAAUAAUAUAUGAAAAUUGAGAUGGAAUUUUGGAACUUGCAAGUGAAAAUUUGUUUGGGUCAUCAUUUAAUUUAAAUUUAAAUAAAGUUAAUUUUAAUCUAUUAAAUGUGAUUAAAUUAUAAAUUUUUAUUGAACAUAUAAAAUAAUCUUAUAACUUAAAAAAAAAAAAACUUUGUAGUAUAGUAGCAUUUGUGUUAUUGUACUUGUACUCCUAAGUUGUACAUGAGCAUAACCCAUGUCAAGGAAAAUAGGCUUGGGACGAAAUAUGUACGAAAUGCCGGGGUUCAUGGGGUGUGUGAGGUCGUGACUUUCGAGUAAAGCAUAUCUUUGGUCUGCCAUAAGAAGAUCUCCAAGCAGAGAGAAUAUGAAGGCAGUGAAACAUCUCAAACAUAUCUCUCCACUCUGCUGCAUCCUUUGUCACACUAGUGUGAAACUUCUGACAAGUGAAUGCAUCAACACUCACUGGUAGGAUUGGAAAAUAGCACCAUGCCGUCACAAAAUUCACUUUCAUGGUUUAUAAUUUCUGAUUAAAUGUUUACAACUUAAAUAUUUUGUAUGACGAUUUUAUUUAACCGUACAAUGUAUUACAGAAUUAAAAAAUUAUAUAUAGUAAUUUUUUAAUAAAAAUUUAAUAUAAUUAAAUGAAUUAAUACAAUUAACUGUUAUAAUUUUUAAUAAAAAUUGUUAUAUAUUUUUUAUGUUGUGCAAUAUUGUACAAUUUUAAAAAAAAAUUAUAAAACAUUUUAUACAGGAGACAUAAUAAUAAAUUAUGAUAAAAUGAGUAAUAUAAUAAAAUUUUUUAAAAAUUAAAAAUAAAUUAGUACAAAAGCAAGUAAGACACAAACAUAAGGAUUGAGAAUGUCGCUUAUAAUACAAUUUGAGAUGGUGUUUUAUGAAAAAAAUUUAUAUGUUUUUAAAAAAUAAGAGAAUAUUACUUUUAAAAAUAAUCAUUUCAAUGGAAGCGGCACGUGUGUUUUGUUGUAUAUAUUAUUUUUUCAGGUUUUGAUAACCAUGAUGAAUAUGUAUUGCCAGUAAAAUAAACUCUUUCUCACAUUCUCUACAUUUUUUUUUCAUGCCAAAAGGUUGUGAAAAAGAGGGGAGGAAAGUAAAAUAAGUUCAUUUUCUAAU